CGUGUUUGUAAAAGGUUUAAAAGACGCGUAUAAGUUUAGUCUGCAACUGCAAGCCUGCAUGCCAUCAGUUUUUUUUUUAGUUUUUUUUUUGUCAUUUGGGUUUGGAAUUUGAUAGGAUAGGAGUUUUUUAUAUCAUCAAUUGAUGUGGCGAUCAUUAGUUUCUUCCACGAAGACAUAUUCAACUGCAUCCAAAUUCAAAGAGAAACCAAAUGCAUCCGAGGUUUUGACAAGAUAUUUGCUUCAACGAAAUCUUCCUCCUUGGACUUCUUAUUUCGUAAAAUACAACGACAUUAUCAAUGACCAAAGAGGAUUCUCUCAUUUCAACUGGGCUGUGAAAGACAAGAAUUAUCACAUUCUUCGCACUGGUUGUUAUCCAUACAUAAAAUACCAUUGUACCUGUCGCCCCCAUGAAGAUUUGUCAGCUGAAGACAGUUUGUUCAGGAUCAUCAAGAUCAUGAAUUUAGGUCUUCCUUGUCUUGCAUAUGGAAUAGCGGCAGAAUUCCUUAUAUCUCAUAGGGAAAUUGUAGAAACAUCCAAAGGUAGAGUCCCCAUUCACUUUCUAUAUAAAGAAGAUAUUGGAGCACACUUCUAAUGAUGGAUUUAGUGAUUGUUCGUGUUAUCAGAGGGGAGAAUUUUCCUUCAAACGAAGGAGAGCUUAGAUUUAAAGUCUUUUGGGGGGAUGAUGAAGCUAUUAUGGAGCCAGUGUGUUGUGCAAAAAAUGUAGUUAUUAAUCAAGAAGUGGCUUUCCUUACGUCAGAACUUGAUGAAAGAAUUUCAAACAUGGAAAAUGUAUCACUUUUGUGUACACAUGUCUCUUCAGAUGGUACGCUAUUUGAUUUUGAUCCAAUUGAUUUGUCAUUUUAUAUAAAAUCCAAAUCAAGUGAAAAGUGGUACAAAUGCACCUCCAGCAGCAUUUCGUCUGUGAAAGAACCUUCUCUCUUUAUAUCAAUUUUUGGUGAGUCUAACGAAGAGGCUAUACCAAAAGAAGUUUUGGCAACGAAUCAAAGAGAUCGGCUUAAACUUGUGACACCAAAAACUGAAGCUUCAAAAGAGAGACAGCUGAGACCAGUUCUAAUCAAUGACGAAUAUUUCCUUAUACAAGACCCAAACGACACCAGUGAGCAGAUUCUCUUUAAUAUGUCGGUGACUAUAUCAUUUGCCGAAAACCUUCUCUACUUGUUCCCCUCGAAGAGCCUGUGGCCGUCAGAAAACAUCCCAUUCGAGUUCCGGUUUAGUUUGUUUGGAAGCCCUAUUUGCUUUCAGCCGUUCAACUGUUUACGGAACCUUACCGAAAUUGGAGAGAGAGCAACUGCUAAAUUAAAGGGUUCGCCAGAGUGUAUUUUACGCUUUUUGAAACAGUCCAUGCAAGCGUUGAGUAUAAUGCUUUUCUGCGAAGAAAUUCCAAUUGCUGAAGCCACCAUACCUAUCAAAGAGCGCAUUGAACAUUAUCAGUUAGAACGCCGGAUCUUGGAAAAACUACACCUUGAACCGAUAAACAUUUCGGGAAUUUUUCCCAUAAGCUCACUGUUGGAAGUGGAUUUGAAUGAAAUGAAUUCGGGUUUUACAACGCCGCAAAUUGGUGUAGUGGUUACAUUGUCUGAAGCUGAGCCAAAAACUGCAACACAACCAGCCAACCAAACUAAUACAGCUCCCACACCUCCUAGCAUCCAGUCAUCUAUUGUUUCAUCAGAAACUGUGAAAACGUGCUCAGAAAAGGUCAGGAUCUCUUCUAAGAAGCACCGUCGUAGUCAAGGAAAAACUCAAGAAACUGAAGAAAGCCUAGUUUAUGCUGCAGCAUUGGAACUUGAAGUUUGGAAAGAAGAGCAAAAGCUACUGGAGAAGGAAAGGCAAGAACGCACAAGAGCUUCCUACUUGGAGCUUUUAAACAGCGAAUAUCGACGACAAACAGCUAUUAAAGAAGCCGCCUUUCAACGACGAGUGCAUCAUGUCGAAGAACUUGAAAAACAACUAGAAAAUGCCAUUCAGAAUACGCGUCAAGUCGAACUGGAUCUACAACAGGAAAAAGAACAAUUGAACAAGCAACGAACUAAACUGGCUCGAGAAAAGAGUGCAGUUGCCUCGGAGGUUGAGCGAGUGACGCAGAGCCUUACAACGAAACAUAAAUUUGAACUAGAAGCAGAGAAAAGGCGACAUACUGACAUUGUCACGGAUCUGCGCCGUAAGCUCAAGAUUCAACAACAAAAAUCCUCCGACGACUCUACACGGAUCAGCGACUUAGAACAAGAAUUGAACAGUUUGAGGCAAACCAAAAAGUAAUUCUACGCACGUUUUUUUUUGUGGUUUUGCUAUCUAGUUCCGAUAUAUAAAUAACAUGGUGUACAAACGUGUUAUUGUUGAAAGAGAAAAUUGCACAUUGUAGUGAAAUAAAUUUUGCCACUUCA